AUGGCUGCGCCUGGGGCAGGGCAGCCCGCGAGGGCCACACUGAGGCCGGCGGGCCGGGGGGACGCACCUGCCCUCCAGCUGGCGGGAGACCAGCCACCAUUCGUGCGCGGUGCCCUCCUGGGCAGCACCCCCCACGGCGGCCAAGGUGCCCGCAGCCCCACCGUCACGGGCGCAGCACGGCCGAACUCCGGCCCCGGGGGCGUCGGCCACACGUGCCCCCCAGUGGCCCCGGGAAGCGUGAGGCUGCUGCAGGGAGGUGAGGCGCCACCCGGCUCCCCGGCCCCGGAGCCCCCUCAGAAGGCCCCGCUCCGUUUCCCAGCUGCCUCCAGCGUCCGGCCCUGCUGCAGCUGCCCGCGGCCCGUGUGUCGGGGCGAGUACAAGAGAUGCCGCCAAUGGCACGGGGUGGCCCUCGCACCAGGAAGCUGGGACGCCCGGGAGGGUCUGAAUCUGGUGGGGCGGCUGCUGGUGGCCUUGGGCAGGGCGGACAGGAAGUGCCGGGGACCAGGAGCCACGAGCAGGGACCCCAGGCCGGGAGGCUUGGAAUGGAUGUACGGACCCUAUAAGGGCCUGGAGGAGAGUGCAGGGGCGGAGGCUGGCGGGAGGGCUGGGGGGCCCGGGCCGAGGGGAACGCUGGGGUGCGUGGGGGCGGGGCAGGGCCAGGAUGCCCAUGGGGACACACGCCCCCAUUACAUGCUGCCCCACACCGCGGAGGCGGCUGUGCCCCCGAGCCCCCAGCCCACCUCGCGGCGGUGGGGGUGCCAUAGACAGCCUUGGGUGCGGGAGGUGCCCCAGCCACAGCCCAGGGGAAGCCGAGGCUCCGGCCAGCCCUGCGCGUCCCAUGGGGCUCCGUCCACCCGAGGGCCCGCCCAUCCCCACACGGCCACUCGGGUGGCUGUCGCCCCGGGGGCAGCGGGCAGAGGCCUUGCGGAUGGCAGCACCGCGCCGUGUUCCUCAGGACGGGUCCCUCUGGUCCUGCCCGGGCGGGCAGCCUCUGAGGAGCGUGCGCUCUGCGGGGUCACGGGGGUCGCCCCCGCUCAAGACGGUCUCUGCUGGGAGGGGUGCAGCCGGGCAGGGGGCGGGGGGACGCUGGCUCAGGAGGCCCUGGGAGACCCCGGGGACCGGGUGCAGCUGGCCACUCAGGUCGCCAACCCAGAGGGGGCAGCUGGGCGCCCUGACGGAGGAGCCAGGUGCCGCAGGUGUGCGGCUGCCGCCCUGAAGCGGGUCCGGCCCGGCCAGGGCUCCAGGAGGAGACUCACCGGGCGGCCCAGCCCCAGCCCCCCGAGCCCUGUGCCCCCCGAGCCCCGUGCUCCGUCCCAGAUGAGCUCCGCCUCCAGCGUGCCCAGCGAUGGGAAGGCCCCUGCGCCGCGGUCCCCACCCGGGCUGGACGCCGUGAUCCAGCGCCUGCACGGCACCCUAGGGCGCCUGGCCCCGGCCAUCCAGCUCUGA